GAAGCUGGCGCGACGGUGUGACGCCACGUCACCAAUUCCCUUCUCAAGCCAGUAGCCACGAAAACACACUGAGUAGGGAUAACGAGAUCAUCAUCCACCAAUUCAGGACGACGACGACAUCACCACCACCACCACCAUAAUUUUUCCUUUUUUCUUUUUAUUUUUUUCUAAAAUAAAUCUUCAGCCACCAAAAACCCAUCUUCCAUCACCAGGUACCAAAGCCAAAUAUUCAAAUAUAACAAAACAACACAAAGAAGAAAAAGCUUAGAGGCAGAGAGCAAGAAAAUGGCAAUGGCAAUGGCGCUUCGGAGACUAUCUUCUUCCAUUGACAAGCCUAUUCGUCCUCUCUUCAAUGCUACAUCUCACUAUUACAUGUCUUCUUUGCCUAAUGAAGCUGUGUACGAGAAGGAGAAAUCUGGUGCCACUUGGCCAAAGCAACUUAAUGCACCACUGGAGGUUGUGGACCCUGAGAUUGCUGACAUUAUUGAGCUCGAGAAAGCCCGUCAAUGGAAGGGUCUUGAACUUAUACCCUCAGAGAACUUCACUUCUGUAUCAGUGAUGCAAGCUGUUGGAUCUGUCAUGACCAACAAGUACAGUGAAGGAUAUCCUGGUGCAAGAUACUAUGGAGGAAAUGAGUAUAUUGACAUGGCAGAAUCCUUAUGUCAGAAGCGUGCAUUAGAAGCAUUUAGAUUGGAUCCUGCUAAAUGGGGAGUGAAUGUGCAGUCUCUAUCUGGAUCUCCAGCAAAUUUCCAAGUCUACACUGCAUUGUUAAAACCUCAUGACAGAAUCAUGGCCCUUGAUCUUCCUCACGGUGGGCACCUUUCACAUGGUUAUCAGACGGACACCAAAAAGAUAUCUGCAGUGUCAAUAUUUUUUGAGACAAUGCCAUACAGAUUGAAUGAGAGCACUGGCUAUAUUGACUAUGAUCAGCUGGAGAAAAGUGCCGUCCUCUUCAGACCAAAGUUGAUAGUUGCUGGUGCUAGCGCUUAUGCUCGUCUAUAUGAUUAUGAACGGAUUCGCAAGGUUUGCGACAAACAAAAAGCUAUACUGUUGGCAGAUAUGGCACAUAUUAGCGGGUUAGUUGCAGCUGGUGUCAUCCCAUCACCCUUUGACUAUGCAGAUGUAGUGACCACCACCACUCACAAGUCCCUUCGUGGACCUCGUGGAGCUAUGAUUUUCUACAGGAAGGGGGUAAAAGAGGUUAACAAACAAGGCAAAGAGGUCUUGUAUGACUAUGAAGACAAAAUCAAUCAAUCUGUUUUUCCUGGACUUCAAGGGGGCCCUCACAACCACACAAUUACUGGUUUAGCAGUUGCUCUGAAACAGGCCACAACCUCAGAAUACAAAGCUUACCAAGAGCAAGUUCUCAGUAAUUGUGCAAAAUUUGCACAGACGUUAGCUCAGAAGGGAUAUGAACUCGUGUCUGGCGGAACUGAGAACCAUUUAGUUUUGGUGAAUUUGAAGAACAAGGGUAUUGAUGGCUCCAGAGUUGAAAAGGUGCUGGAAGCUGUUCACAUUGCUGCAAACAAAAACACCGUUCCUGGAGAUGUAUCUGCCAUGGUUCCUGGUGGCAUAAGGAUGGGAACCCCUGCUCUUACAUCUAGGGGAUUUAUUGAGGAGGACUUUGCUAAGGUAGCAGAAUUCUUUGAUGCUGCCGUGAAGUUGGCAGUCAAGAUCAAGGGUGAAACCAAAGGGACAAAGUUGAAGGACUUCUUGGCUACAAUUCCUCAGUUCCAAUCUGAUAUCACAAAACUUCGCCAUGCUGUUGAAGAAUAUGCCAAACAAUUCCCAACUAUUGGAUUUGAGAAAGGAACCAUGAAGUACAAGAACUGAACAUGAAAACUCGACUGCUUUCAGACACCAUCAGGCGGCAUGGCAGAAGGAAUAACAAUGGAAUGGAGAUGACAAAUAAUUAGCUAAUAAUCCUUGGAGAAUAAUAAACUACUAACAUGCGUACUCUAUUAGUGGAAAGAAAUGCCACUGUCUAUUCUCAAUCUGUUAAAGAUAUGCCUGCAGUUCUAUAUCUUGUUUGCAACAUUCUUCUGUUUAAAUAAAGUUGACAUCUUUGCUUCA